AUCGUUGUCCACAUGGAAGCACAGGGAUUUAUGGAAAUUCUGGCGCCUUUUGCCCCACCACGGAAUAUCUGGAAAAAUAUCCCACGUAUGGCAACGUCCCUCCAGCCCAGAGUCUCAAACCCAAGCCAGAAGCCCCGGCGCACGGUGGUAAAAUGGAAGGAAUAACGACAUUUAAAUCAGAUUACCGCCCCUACGAAGUAGUCCCCCCGCCUCGCCACCUACCAGAAGAAUACAGACCCAAACAGGGGGACAUUGAUCUCGACACCACCUACAGACAGGACUUUAACGCGUAUCCGGUGCACCCCGUGGCCAGAGUCCGGCCCCUGGAGAGACGAAGUGUGAAGAAAGGGAAGCUGGACACGGUCCCCACCUACAAAGAUGAUUACAGAGCUUGGGCCCCUGAGAAAAGCCACCUCUACAAACCGGAACACGCGUACCACCCCCCGACGGUGAGAUUCGGGAACCCCACCACCUUCCAGGACGACUACGUGCCCCGGGCCGCCCAGCCCCGGCCGAGCUUCAAACCGGGGGCCGCGGCCCCCCUUUCCACGGCCCCUUUCCACGGAGACACCAGCCACCGCCUGGACUUCGUGCCUUAUGAGCUCGAACCCAAACCUGCGCAGCCGGUGCCCCGCCAGGCCCCCCGCGCGGCCCCCAUCCGGCCUGCGUCCCAGCGGAGAAAGAAGUUUCCCUUCCAGGGGAGAAGCACAACCCAGGAGGACUUCCCGGAGUGGGAGGCCUGCCGCCCCCGGGAACCCCUGAGGCCGCAGCAGCAGAUGCCCGGCCCCUCGGGGACGUUCGACGGGGAGAGCACCUUCCAGUCCCACUACGUGCCCCACCAGCUGGUGCCCACAGCCAGCUGCAAGCCCGCCCAGGCUGCUGUGUGCAGCUCCAGCCCCUUCGACGGCGUGACCUGGUACUCCACCGAGUUCGCCCCCAAGAGGCGGGAGGUCUGCCCGGCCAGCUACCCCUCCCCUCCGGGGUACAUCUUCGACACGACCAACUCCCGAGGACACAAGUUCUUCCGCAAGAUCGCGCCCGCCGCCUCCUCCGGGCAGGCCUCCUAGCGUGCCCUCCUCCCAGCCCGCCUCCCAGCCCGCCUCCCAGCCAAGGAGGAGGCUGACUCGGAGACGUGAACCAGGAUAAAGUCAGAAAAAAAAAUGCAUGAGAGCUAACGCAAAUCCUCGUGAAGUUUUUAAAUCAAGAAAAUUGGAAAAUCGCCCAACAGGCGUGGCUCAGUGGUUGAGCAUCGACCUAUGAACCAGGAGGUCACGGUUCGAUUCCCGGUCGGGGCCCAUGCCUAGGUUGCGAGUUCGGUCCCCAGUCGGGGAGCAUGCGAGAGGCAACCCAUGUGGUUUCUCUCUCACAUCGAUGUUUCUCUCUCUCUUAGUU